AGUCGUUCUUUGAGUGCCAAUCAUCUUCAGAGAUCGAUACAGGGUCUUAUUGCAAUUUUGUUGGCUUUGAAAAAAAUACCUGUUAUCAGGUAUCAGGAUUCAUCUGAAGCUGCUAGAAAAUUAGCUGAAGGUGUUAAGCAUACCAUCGCCAAGGAAAAUGCUCUCUUUGACUUCCGGAGACCAGACAUACCUCCUCUACUCUUGAUUCUGGACCGAAAGUCUGAUGCAGUCACUCCACUCUUAAAUCAGUGGACGUACCAAGCUAUGGUUCACGAGUUGCUUGCAAUCAACAACAACAGAGUCAAUCUAUCCAAUGUUCCUGGAAUCAGUAAAGAACUUCAAGAAGUUGUUUUAUCUCCUGAACAUGAUGAAUUCUAUGCUUCUAAUUUAUAUUCAAAUUUUGGUGAAAUUGGUGUGAAGAUAAAGGAGUUAAUGGAUGAUUUCCAGAAAAAGACUAAGAGUCAGAAAAAAGUCGAAUCUAUUGCCGAUAUGAAAGCAUUUGUGGAAACAUACCCACAAUUUAAGAAAAUGUCUGGUACUGUUUCUAAACAUGUGACUUUAGUUGGGGAGCUCUCGAGAUUAGUUGGCAGCCACAGUCUCCUUGAAGUAUCAGAGGCAGAACAAGAGCUUGCUUGCGAAUCAGAUCAUGGAGAAUCUCUAAAGAAAAUCAGGAAGCUGCUUGGUGAUGAUAAAGUUAGAGAAAUUGAUGCCGUGAGACUUGUUAUGCUAUAUGCUCUUCAUUAUGAAAAAAAUAGUAAUAACGAUAUCAAUGGACUGAUUACUCUCUUAAAGAAAAGGAAUACAAAUGAAAAACUCGUUAAGAUGGUCCGAGCUAUUUUAGAAUUUAGUGGCAAUAAAAGUGGGCGUAAUGAUCUGUUUACAACUGAAAAUGUCAAAACAUUUACAAAAAGAGUUAUAAAAGGUUUGAAGGGUGUCGAAAAUAUAUACACUCAACAUACUCCACUACUUAAAGAAAUACUCGAUGAAAUUUUAAAAGGAAAGUUAAAAGAAACAUCCUAUCCAUACUUAAGUGGCACGCAACUGAGGGAAAAACCUCAAGAUAUAAUUGUGUUUUACAUUGGUGGUGUCACAUAUGAAGAAUCUUUUACUGUACAUCAGAUUAAUAAAAUGUGCCUGGGAGUCCGUGUUAUUCUUGGAGGAACUACCAUUCACAACUUCACCAGCUUCUUAAAUGAAAUCAAGUCUGCAGAGAAAUUCAGCUCAUAUUUAAGAAAUGCUGACUAGUCAACAAUUAAUCUAAAUAUGAACAUUGAUCAAGAAAAUGGUGUCAAAAUACUAAACAGCUUGAGGGAUUUUACUGCACCUGUUUCAUGAAGGUCUAGUAUUUAUAGUAAUCAGAAUUAUUUUAUGCUGGUCAACUGUUGAACAGUUUGGAAUAUUAUUUGUUUGUAAAUAGUUAUAAUCUAUUAUGUGUUCAUGUUUCAAAAUGAAAUUUUUUAUAUUUAUAAAUGUAUUGAAAUUUGUUUUAAAUAUAUUUGUCUCAUUCAUUUUAUUUUUUUAUCAUUAGUUUUUUUUCCCCCGGUUUUAUUAUUGUUUUAUACAAUACAAUUGUUAUGACGACAUUUAAAUUUUGCUAUGCUAUAUUUUUCAGUCAAUGUAGUCAAAUUCUAAUUUAUGCUAUAUAAUGUAAAUGUCUUGAUUUUGUCUUUCAUAUUUUUUUUCUGUAUCUUCAGUAUAUCGACUGAUGCCAAAUAACUAUGUUUGCAGGAAAAAUUUGAAGUUUGUAAAUGAUCAAAAAUUAUUUAUUUUCCAUUAUAUGAGCUAAAAUUAUGUGACUGUAUAUAUUUUAAAAUUUUAACAAUUGCGUUAUAGAAUUUGAGAUUAAAAAUCAUUUAUGUGACUAUAAUUUUAUGUAUGUACAAAAAAAGUUAUGUAAAAAAAAUAAAAAGUUUUUUUUCUGCAAGUAUUAGGAUAGCAAUAUUUUUUUUAACGUUAUUGGAUGAUAAUUACCGUAAAUUUAUUACUUGCAAAAAAUACAAAUAUAACAUUUGUAUAUAAAAUAAAAUUGAAUUUCCUUACAUUUGUGUAAUAUUGUGCCAAAAUUUUAACUAAAACUUCUACAAUAUUUAUUCCAGUUAAAAGUUCUUCCCAAUGAAUUUAUGUCAUUAUGUUAAAGUCAAAUAAAUUUUAAAAAAUUAAAUAAGCUUUUGCACUUGCAAAAGUUUAUUACUUGAGUAAAAAUGUAUCAUCAGUUUUUUUGUGAAAAUUAAAUAAAACAUAUUAAAAGCAUAUUUAGAAUUUUCCGUCCCUUUAGAAAGGCGAGCUCGGUUGAGAGAAAGGAAGGACAAAUCCCUAGAUUAUAUAAAUCUAACCCCAAUUAUUGCUUUCAUUCAUGUUAACACUCCACAUUUGAAAUACCAAUUACUUUACUGUUAUUUUAAAUCUAAUUUCACGAAAUAUUAAGUAAGAAUUUUUUUUCUCCAUUCAAUUAUGCUGUGUGUCUUGCCAAGCUUUUAGAAAAUGCUAUAUGUUAUGUUCAAAACACUGAGUCAUUUGUAUAUUAUUGUAUUAAUACAUUCCCUUUUCUUGGUAUUAUCUCUAACACAUUUUUUUAUCCAAGUUGGUUUAAUUGGUAUGUGUGUACUUAGAGCUGUUAAAACCAUUUCUGUUUAUAUCUAAAAUAAAAUUGAAAUUUUCUUUUUUAAAAAUUCAACUAGUUUUUAUUUUUAAAAAAUUAGGUUAAUUUUCUUUUUUGGAAAGAAUUACUGUUGCUUGUAAUAUUACUGUGUAAUAAUUUAUGGAAAUAUUUUGAAAAAUCUAUUUUCAUUUUUAAUUAUGUUGACAUAAUUUACUGGCAGUUCAACUUUAAAUGACAUUUUAUUUACUGGUAUUAUGUAUAUCUGAUAUUUAAAAAAGAUAAUAAAAGAUUGUUUGCUGA